GCUGCUCCAUCACUGAGGCUGUGACAAUCCUGGGGAACAAACUCAGAGAUUACCAGGGACAGUUCAACACCACUCAUCUGCUGGCCCUCUGUGACUACUUCCACAACACUUUUAUCCGCCACUACAAACUCUACCAGUAUGUCCUGGGCCAGGACCAGGAAGUCAACCUGACCGUCACACACCUGGAAGUGUGUGCACCACCCCAGCCCCUCCCUCUGGCUGAGGGCAUGGACAGGGACAUCUGGCAGCUUGAGCAACAGGUGGCAGAGCUCAGUAUGGCUGAGGUGCAGAAACACACAAAUAUGCUGCUCCUGAAGGAAGCGUUGCACCUGGAACGGGAGCACAAGCUACAGAGAACAUUCUCGGAGGUCCCCAAGCAGCCCAGCCGGGUUCUGAAGAGACAGGAGUUAGAAAAUCUCAUCAGUGAGGCCAUUCACAUCCAGAUCGAAUGCCUGAAGGAGCUGCUGCAGUAUGAGAUACAAAUAACUUUUGAUAUUUUGGAUCUGAAACUUCAGAAGAAGACUUUGAACCUCAAUGCUCCUAUCCCUUCCCCACUCGCAAUCACUGGCCAGCCAGGCCAAGAUGAAUCUUUUAAGUUCAACAAAGCAAACAAAGGAAAGAAAGCAAAAGCAAAGAAGAAGUAGAGAGCCCCUGGUGUCCAUUGACUGAAGACUCUGAUGAAAAGCCGUUGACAAUUUUGAAAGUAUUAUGAGAUGUGCUCAGCACUCAGUAGAUCAGAGAUUUCUAGCGAUUAAAAGAAACAAAACA